GGAGGCGGGGCGCCGGGCAGCAGCGGCGGCGGCGGCGGCGGCGGCCACAGCAGCCUUGGCGGCGGCCGCGGCAGAACUGGCAGCGUCGGCGGCGGGUGAGGGGCUUGCGGCGGUGGCAGCGGCGGCGCGCGGGCAGCCUCGAGGAAGAAAGAAGCCUGAGACAUCCACCUAUGAAGACUGUACGACAAUCCUGACUAGUAAUUGUGGAUGGUGUGGCUGCCAGACUUAAUUCUGCCCAGCAUCUGAAAUGAAGCUCUCCUAUUGAUGGUUUUGAUUGGUCUAGAGCCAGGAGAGCUGGAUUUAGUUGACUUCAAGAUAAAAAGAAACAGUCUUGGUUAUCAUCAUAAACAUUUGAACCAGUGAUGGUGAAAUGAGAUGAGGCUCCGAAAUGGAACUGUAGCCACUGUUUUAGCAUUUAUCACUUCGUUCCUUACUUUAUCUUGGUAUACCACGUGGCAAAAUGGGAAAGAAAAACUGAUUGCUUAUCAACGAGAAUUUCUUGCUUUGAAAGAGCGUCUCCGAAUAGCUGAACAUAGGAUCUCCCAGCGCUCUUCUGAACUAAAUGCUAUUGUGCAGCAGUUCAAACGCGUAGGAGCAGAAACCAAUGGAAGUAAGGCUGCAUCGAAUAAAUUUUCAGAUGAUACCCUAAAGCUAUUAAAGGAGUUAACAAGCAAAAAACCUCUUCAAGUGCCAAGUAUUUAUUAUCAUUUGCCUCAUUUAUUACAAAAUGAAGGGAGCCUUCAACCUGCUGUGCAAAUUGGUAAUGGACGAACAGGAGUUUCGAUAGUAAUGGGAAUUCCCACAGUGAAGAGAGAAGUUAAAUCUUACCUCAUGGAAACUCUUCAUUCUGUUAUUGAUAAUCUGUAUCCUGAAGAGAAGUUGGACUGUGUUAUAGUAGUCUUCAUAGGAGAGACAGAUAUUGAUUAUGUACAUGGUGUUGUAGCCAACCUCGAGAAAGAGUUUUCUAAAGAAAUAUCUUCUGGCUUGUUGGAAAUAAUUUCGCCUCCUGAAAGCUAUUAUCCUGACCUGACAAACUUAAAGGAGACAUUUGGAGAUUCUAAAGAAAGAGUAAGAUGGAGAACAAAACAAAACCUAGAUUAUUGUUUUCUAAUGAUGUAUGCCCAGGAAAAGGGCAUAUAUUACAUCCAGCUUGAAGAUGAUAUUAUUGUCAAACAGAAUUAUUUUAAUACCAUAAAGAAUUUUGCACUUCAGCUUUCUUCUGAGGAAUGGAUGAUACUUGAGUUCUCCCAGCUGGGCUUCAUUGGUAAAAUGUUUCAAGCAACAGACCUAACCCUGUUUGUACAGUUCAUAUUUAUGUUCUAUAAGGAGAAACCUAUUGAUUGGCUCUUGGACCAUAUUCUCUGGGUGAAAGUCUGCAACCCUGAAAAAGAUGCAAAACAUUGUGAUAGACAGAAAGCAAAUCUGCGAAUUCGCUUCAGACCUUCCCUUUUCCAGCAUGUUGGUCUGCAUUCUUCAUUAACAGGAAAAAUUCAGAAGCUUACGGAUAAAGAUUACAUGAAACCAUUACUUCUUAAAAUCCAUGUAAACCCCCCCGCAGAAGUAUCUACUUCUUUGAAGGUCUACCAAGGACAUACACUGGAGAAAACUUAUAUGGGAGAGGAUUUCUUCUGGGCUAUAACUCCAGUGGCUGGAGACUACAUCCUGUUUAAAUUUGACAAGCCAGUCAGUGUGGAAAGUUAUUUGUUUCAUAGUGGCAAUCAGGAACAUCCAGGAGAUAUUCUGUUCAACACAACUGUAGAAGUUUUGCCUUUUAAGAGUGAAGGUUUGGAAAUAAGCAAAGAAACCAAAGACAAACGAUUAGAAGAUGGUUAUUUCAGAAUAGGGAAAUUUGAGAAUGGUGUUGCAGAAGGAAUGGUGGAUCCCAAGCUAAACCCCAUUUCAGCCUUCCGACUUUCAGUUAUUCAGAAUUCUGCUGUUUGGGCCAUUCUUAAUGAGAUUCAUAUUAAAAAAGUCACAAACUGACCAUCUCCUAAGAAACCAACACCUUAUUUUCCCUUGUGAAUUUGUUAAACACAGUUGAGCAUGUACCUUUUUUUUUUUUUUUUUUUUGUAACUUGAAUUCUACCUCUUGUGAAAUCUACUGUAAAUAAGAUGAUUGUCAUUUCCACUUGGAAAGUGAAUCUCCCAUGGAUAAUUGUAUUCAUUCAACCUAAGCUGUCCUCCAGUUUUAACUUGACUCAAGCAUUUUACAGUUACGACAGCCUGUUAAUAUGACUUGUACUAUUUGGUAUUAUACUAAUACCUAAGAGUUGUACAUAUUGUUACAUUCCUUAAAUUUGAGAAAAAUUAAUGUCAGAUACAUUUUAUGAAGGGGGUACUUUUGAAGUUCAUUUAUUUUACUAUUAUAGACCCUCUUUUAUAGAUUAUCAGGGAUUCUAUAUAUAUAUAUAUAUAUACAUAAAAUGUUAUGGAGUUAAUUUAUUAGAAACACUUAAGAAGUACAUAUUUUUGUGCAGUAAAUUUUUGAAUCAAUACUUUUUUUGAAAACCAGUUACCUUGCUUUUUUAAGUUCUUUCUAAAUCUUUUCUUUGGAAAUGCAGACAUUAACAAAUUAAUGCCAUUUUUCAAAUGCACUGCCAUUUAAGAAUGAAUAUAGAUUGAUUUCCUAACUGAAGUACUUUUAUAAUCAGUGAUUCUGAACAAAAUCUUUUCAAAGGCAUUUGUCAUUCCUUAAAGCCAAGAUUUUAAAGACCAAUGUCCUUCUUGAGGGUUAUUUUAGUAUACUGUGUAUGGUGUGUAGCCACAAAAAAAUCAGUCUGAUAAAUUUUAAUGUGCAGGGGUGAGGCCUUCAACCCGAAUUAUCACAGACUGAAGUCCUUAUAUUUCCUCUGAGAUGUAAAAAUGACAAACUUUUCUUUCCUGUUUUAAUCUUUGUCUUUAAUCCAUGAAUGAGAAGCAUUUUCUCUUUUCUUGAUGCUUUUCUUCUCUCUGUACUCAUUCUGUGAGUCCUGACAAUGUGUUUUCUAGGUAAUGCUGUUGUAUGAGACAUGAUUGGUUUAAUUUUAAAGAAAAACAAAAUUGUAAUACUGGUUUUGGGUGAAAGGUAUUGUAACAGUUGUAUGUCUUUCCAAAAUAAUUUAUUUUAUUGAUUCAGUGAAUGAAUAUCUGAAGAGGACUUAAUUUCAAAUGGUAUCACUACUGUAGACAAAAAUAUUGUCAGCCUUAGCAAUCAGUGGUCUUCUAAAACUUUUUUACUUUUAUGAGAUUAUGAAUUCUCAACAUCAGUUCCCAACCAGUCUGGUGUCCUCAGGUGGAUGCAGGUGGGUUACAGGUGUGCUGUGCUUGAAUCCUCUGAGCUUUCAGAAUAGCCAGGGGCUGAGGCCGCAGGCAGCUAGAGGCUGGAGGCAUGUCACUUUGUUAUCCAGUAGGCUGAACAGAUAGCUUCCAAACAGCCUCAUUUUCUGUGCAGUUACACAGUGAGAAAGAUAGGAGACACUGAUAAGGUACAGUUAUUUCUUUUACUCCAUAUCUGAAUAAUUCUUAGUUACUUCUCUUGAUUACAAAGUUACAUGUUGCUGGAGUUCCUGUUGUAGCUCAGGCUGCUAAGACAUCUGACUAACAAAAGCAAGCAAACAAACAAAUCUGACUAACAUCCAUGAGGAUCCGGGUUCAAUCCCUGGCGUUGCUCAGUGGCUUAAGGAUCUGGUGUUGCCCCAAGCUGCAGUGUAGGUUGCAGAUGUGGCUCAGAUUCAGUGUUGCUGUGGCUGUGGUAUAGGCUGGAGCUGCAGCUCCAUUCACUCCCUAGCCUGGGAAACUCCAUGUGCCAUGGAUAUGGCCCUAAAAAGAAAGAAAAAGAAAGUUAGUUGUUGCCAAUAAUGAUUUUUAUGUCAAAGUUCAAUUAAAUUUUUUUGUUGGUUUUUGUUGUUGUUGUUUGUGGUUUUGUUUAUUUUUAGUCACACCCAUGGCAUGUGGAAGUUCCCAGGCUAAGGGUCAGUUCGGAGCUGCAGCUGCUGCCUAUGCCACAGCCACAGCAACACCAGCUUCAAGCCGCAUCUGUGACCUGUGCCACAGCUUGAGUGUUUUGUUGAUUUUUUUUUAAAUUUCCUUAUUAUUUUAAUUUGUUUUAUUUUCUUCUGAAGUCUCAUUGGCCUAGAGCCCAACAGGCAAAUUUCACUGGAAAAGUAUAACCUGAUAAAAUUUUGGCACCAGCUUCACCCACUAAAGUACUGCUAUAAAGACUAAGGAUCAGGAGGUAAAACCUGGAGGUGGGUUUAGAAUUCCCCUUGUUUGCCCUGCUUUCCAAGUAGCCAGCUCUGAGUUGAGGAAGAAAGACCAUGCCCUGAGAGUCUAGGGAGGUGACAGUUACUGAGGCCCUUUGCCAUGUGUUUGGAGCAUCUCAGUCUUUAGACCGAGCCUCAUCCAGACAGCUUUUUCUGUUUUCAUGCUCAGUCGCCCUUCCCAUGCUUAGCUUAUCCCUCCUGUUCCCGAGAAUACUUUUAGCUGAAUCUUAUCCAUCUUGCAAGGACUCUCCUGUGUUCACCUCCCUCCCCAUAAAUUUGCUACCAGUGCCUCCUCGAGCCUGGGAUAGUGCCUGACAUGUGGCAGGUGCCCAGGCAGAGUCUGGAUGAGGGGACAAACUGUGCUAGCCUACUCACCUCUUUUUCUUGACUCUCUUUGCCUACUUUCCUCACUGCACACUUACACACACACUCAGCUGCCCAGUGUUUGACUAUGGGGCGUGUGUGUGAGUGCAUACAUCUGUUCCCUCUGGCCAAACAUACAGCUCCCAAGAGCAAGCCUGUGAGUGAUGCUUCCUGUCUGUCCUCUGCCACAUGCUUGCUCACACACUAGCCUCCUGUCAGCUGUGCUCUCCUUUCCCCCACUUUCCACUGGACAGUUGGAAGUGGCCAUGCUUCCCUCAAGCAGGCAAUUAUAGUGGUUGCCCUUAAGUCAUGUUAGGGUGUUAAGUAUUGGGACAGAAGAUUAGGGGACCCAGAACAGAGAGUUGCUAAGUACUUGACCUUGAGUGGACACUGAACCACUUUUAUCCAUUUGAAAAGUGUCAAAUGGUGGGACGAAUUUUAUAUAUAUAUAUAUGGACUAUAUGACAUGAUGUCUCUGGAGCUGUGCUGUUCUAUACAGUCGCCAUUAGACACAUGGUGUUCACUCCAAUUAAUAAAAUACAAUAUUCAGCUCCACAGUCAUGCUGGCUGCAUGUGGCCAGUGGCUUGGAUGGCACAGAUGUACGACAUCUCCAUUACAGAAAAUUAUGUAGGACAGCACCAUGUCAGGAGUGCUCAUGUGAACAUUUUAGAAGCCAGGAUCAUGAAUUCCAAUUAUGAGCCUAAAAGCAGACAUGUAGACUAUAUCAUAAUGAUGACUAUUUCAGGUGGGAAGAGGAAGUUGAGGACCUGUUUCCAAGAGUCUAAGAUCCAAUUUCUAAGUUCUUUGUUUUCAGUCUUAGGUGCCCUUCACAACAUUCACUGUCCCUACGAGGUAAUCAAAAAAGAGCACAACUCGAGGUUAAGGUCCCAAAGCUUGUGAUGGAUGAGCUUUGGAAAAAGUGAAUGCGCAUGGAUUUUUUAGCACACAGGCUCUAGACAUGUAUGUGUAGGUUAACUCAACCACUGGAGAUGUCUUCGAACAAAGGUAUAGCUUUUCAGAUUAAUGAUUGCAUCAGGAAAUAAUUAGAAGGUGAUAUUUUUAAAAUUUUAGCAAUGCUCUGAAGGAUUCUUCUAAAUCUGUCAUCAUAAUGAAAAAAAAGUCAUUCCCCACAGUGCUGUCCUCAAGGACAAGUGUGGUUAUAAGGGAACAGCAUGUUUGGAGAGAUUGCUCUAAUUCAUAGUCAUGUGUAAUUCUAACAGCCAGAAUUCCACAAGUGACCCUCGAUGACUUUGUAUAUCCUACCCCUAUGAGUGUGUGUAGAACCUGUGAUUAUGACCCAUAAUUAUGUUAUGUUAUACAUUAAAAGACAGAUUAUCCGGGGAUGGCUAAUCUGACCAUGUGAGCUCUGUAUAAGCAGAGAGUUUUCUCAGGCUGUUUAGCAGAAGUCAGAGAUUCAAAGCAGGACUUAAGGCACCAAGGCUGGUUUAAAAUGAGGGUGGCCACAUGAGAAGAAAUGCAGUUCUUAAGGAAGUGAGAGGCCCCAGCUGGCAGCCAAGGGGAUGGAAAUGGCAGUCCUGCAGCCACAGGAACUGAAUUCAGCCAACAACCAGAAGAAGUUUGCAGGUGGACCCUCUGGAGCAGCUAAGAGCCCCAGCCCUGCUAGCACCUGGAUUCCAGCCUCGUGAGAGCUCGGUCAUGCCUGCCUGGACUCCUGGCCUACAGAGCUGUCAAAUAAUAAAUGGGUGUUGUUUUAAGCUUUUAAAUUUUGCCGUGAUUUUAUGCAGCAAUAUAAAAUGAAUACAUUAAAGCAGUGACGAGGAGAAGUCUUGGUACUUGAUUCCCUCUGGCAUGCUGGGUAUUCCUUGAUAAACACAUGUCUUACACUAGCACAUCAUAUACCCAGGCCACAUCUGGCAUUCUCUGCUGGAGAUCUUGACUGAUUAUUACUGGAAGGUUUUUGGCAAAGACUUGCAGUGUCUUAGUAGCAUUUCAUGAGGGAACUACUAGCACAAGAUUCAGUGGGUAGGGUCCAGAGUGUAAGGAAUUGUUUUCCUGGAAUGGGUGUCACUUUAUGUUGAUCUAGGCUGUUGCAAGCCUGUCACUGUAUUAUUUAAGAAUGAUGAACAGUGUUAUUUUAAAUUAGAUAUUAAGAGGAAAAAAAGUAUGUCUUUAUGGAGAGAUCAAAUAAUCUAUUCUGUGUUGAAGGACCUGAUUUUUUUUUUUUUACCAAAAGCUUACUUUAUUAUCUAAGCACAGAUCAAAUCCUAUACAUGCUAACCAAAUUUUUGUACCUUGGAUAUAUUUUCCAAAAUACUUCUCUGCUUCCAAGCUAUUAAUUGCUAAUGAAGUUUUAAUUUUGGUUUUUCCAUUACUUUAUGUGCUUUUAACCACAUAGCCUUGAUGAAAGAAAGGUUGAGCUAAAAGAAGGAAAAUGAGAGGCUAAGACUGUCAAAAGGCCAUAAAUUGAAGUCAUAAUCAAAUCUGAGGGUCCUAAGGGAACUCAGACAUCUGAUCUCUUUUCUUUAAAGAGGAAACUUUUCCCAGCUAUGUAGCAGUGUUUGUAGCAUGUAGAAUUCAGUUUGAUAGUUGUAAACUUUUAAUUAUUAAUCUUAACAGAUAUGUGCCAUGAUAAUAUGCUUACUUUAUUUCUUCAAUGCAUGUGAACCUACAGUGCUGAAGAGACCCCACCACAGUAUUACUUAAAGAAAAAAAAAAAAAAAGAAUCUAUUACAUGUAUCCCCAUAUCAUCAGUACCUAUAUAGAAUCUCUUUUCUUACCUGAAACUUUCACCCACUGGACGCUAGCUAGAGCACAUCCAAAAGAACAAGCCAGAAAGAGCAGCACUCUAUAGUGUGUGCAUGAGCUGAGAAUUUAGAAUGUUUUGAUAAGUAAACUGAAUGUUGACUGGCAAACACUUUGUGUGGAAGAGUAUAAGAAUGUUAGGAACAGUGGUGCUGAAAUUGUUCUAAAAUGAGGAUUGUCUGUUGUGGGAAACAUUCAAUGCUCUUGGACGCUAGGGAGGCUGUUGAAUGUGUCACUUGGUCUGAGUGGCUUCCCAGUAUUCAUAAUUAGCAAACUGCCCUAGAAUCAAAGGUUUGGUUCUUUAGUUUGAUUAGCUUUUUCAUUAUUUAUUCAAAAUGCUCGUGUCUGCUGCAAUUGGGGGAAAAUGCCUUUUGAAGACACAGUCUCUGAGCCUUAAAAAAUGGCUGAUGUUAAUGGUACCGUAAAAUGCACUGCCAGCAGAUUUGAUAACUUUUCACUUCACUGUAGAUGGUAACGUUUUCUAAGAAAGAUUUAGAGCCCAGCUGAUUAAACAUUAACGAUUGUUUCGUUUACGGAAUGGAAAUCUAAAGCGUUUCUCCUUGAGAACACAGUGCUUUGGGUGUUUGUGGAAGCACCUUUUGGAGAAGCUGCUUGAGGAGCUGAUUUUCUGGGUUGUGCCAGAUGCUCUUUUCUCCUUAAAUGCAUUGUACAUAUUUUCCUUACAGUGUCUUCAUUGAUUGAAUGGGUAGUAUCUGUAGUAAUAUUUUAGGUACCUGUUGGAUUUUUAAAGGCAGGUUAUUUAUUUUCCAAUGUGCUGCUGUAACUGAAAACCUGAUAACUGGUCCAGCUGACUGUGCCUUCCAUUGCUGUUGCUCUGUGCCACAACCGUUCAUGUGUAUUUGAAAUAAAGAAGUUUAAGAAGCCAUGUUGAAUUCAAGACUCCUUCUAAUAAAAAUAGGUAAAACU